CCCGUGCGUCUGACGUCAUUGACGUGAAACGGGACUGUUUGUUCUGGAUUUGGGGCGAGGAAGGUCUGUGAACGCUGACAACCGACUGAAGAAGGUGUGACACUCGACUCUCUGUGUGUUGUGAUUUUUGUGCUGCCGCAGCGUGUCACUAACAAACAUCCCACAUCACCCUGGGAAGUUGCCACCUCCCCAACUGAGAUAUGAUCACACAACUGGUUUAGACCACAGCUGCACAGCUACAAACAUAGAGUCACGUGAGGAGUGGAAUGGCCUGAAGGGGUUCCCCCCGGUCCCACCUGCCCCUGCCAGGUCCAAUCUGCCUAAAGUGUCUGCUCAGCCACUUCAGCCCACCUCUGCAAUGGGGGACGGACUGGAGGCAGGCAGCAGCCAUAACCCUCCCUCCGCCCCACCGCCUAUCCCCUUCAACCCUCCACCCCCCGAAACAUGGAACCCCUCCAGACCCAAACGACAGACCAACCAGCUGCAGUACUUGCAAAAAGUGGUAUUGAAGACAUUAUGGAAACACAAUUUUGCAUGGCCCUUCCAGGCUCCUGUAGAUGCCAUCAAACUCAAUUUGCCUGACUAUUAUAAGAUCAUAAAGAGUCCUAUGGACAUGGGCACGAUUAAAAAACGCCUGGAGAACAACUACUACUGGAAUGCCCAGGAGUGUAUCCAAGACUUCAACACCAUGUUCACAAACUGCUACAUCUACAACAAGCCCGGGGAUGAUAUUGUCCUAAUGGCAGAAGCCUUGGAAAAGCUCUUUCUCCAGAAGAUUACGGAGAUGCCGCAGGAGGAGACUGAGAUUGCUGUGGUUACAAAGGGACGCAGAGGAGGCAGGCAGGACACAGGUCUGAUUUCAAAAUCAGAUUCAGGACAUGACUCAUCAUCCCCCUCCACCACCCCGCAUACACGAGGCUUUUCGUCCCCUUCAACCACUCCACAUACCCGUGCUGCACCUGCCCCCCAAGGUUCUCCUGCCUUACCCCUGAGGCUGGACCAGGGGCUGGUCCAGCCUCUGGUCCAGCCUCUGGUCCAACCUCUGGUCCAGCCUCUGGUCCAGCCUCUGGUCCAGCCUCUGGUCCAACCUCUGGUCCAGCCCCUGGCUCAGCCCCUGGCCCAGCCCCUGGCCCAGACUCUGGCCCAGCCUCUGGUCCAGACUCUGGCCCAGACUCUAGCCCAACCUCAGCUUCCCCGUGUGCCUCCUACACCCACAAACCAUGCGCCCCAUCUGGGGCCUCCAUUCUCCCUCUCCGCUUCAGACGUCCUGGCCCAGGGAAUGACUUCAGUUCCCCCUCCGACUGUGACUCACCCAGGCCUCCAUCCUACUGUCCCCAUACUGCAAAGUUCCCCUGCUCUCAUCAAGCAGAAGAAGAGCCAGAAGAGGAAAGCUGAUACCACGACACCCACCGCCAACGAUCAGCUCAGUGAAUCGUCUCCUGUUUCUGCCGAGACCCGGCCACGCAGAGACAGCAGCCGCCCGUCAAAGCAGCCUAAAAGAGAAGCAUCACAGCCAGACUCUCAGCAUCACCUUGGAGGAGGCUUGGAGAUGGGAGAGUCAGGAACACCGAAGCGCCAGGAGCAGUUACGUUGGUGCGCGCGCCUCGUCAGAGAGAUGCUGUCUAAGAAACACGUGGCCUAUGCCUGGCCUUUUUACAAACCUGUUGAUGCAAAAGCUCUCGGUCUCCACGACUACCAUGAAAUCAUCAAGCACCCCAUGGAUCUCAGCACCAUCAAGAAAAAGCUGGACAACAGACAGUACAGAGAUGCUCAAGAAUUUGCAGCAGACGUCAGGUUGAUGUUCUCAAACUGUUACAAAUACAACCCUCCAGACCACGAUGUGGUCGCCAUGGCGCGCAAAUUACAGGACGUGUUUGAGAUGCGCUUCGCCAAAAUGCCCGAUGACCCAGAGGAGCCAGUCCCUGUUCCCACCCCAUCAUCAGCUCUCCACCCUGCCCCCUCCACUCGACAAGUUCCACCUCCUUCUGCUGCCUCGGAAGAUGAGAGCUCGAGCUCCUCAGAAUCGGAGUCCUCAGGAGGAGACUCGGAACAAGAAAGGAAGCAGCGAUUAGCUGAGUUACAGGAACAGCUUAAAGCUGUCCAUGAGCAGCUGGCAGCGCUCUCCCAGCCACAGGUCAGCAAGCCCAAGAAGAAAGAGAGGGAGAAGAAGGAAAAGAAGAAAGAAAAGCACAAGAAAAAAGUGGGAGCAGAGGAACCUGUGGAGACUCUCCCACUUGCAAUGCUUCAGGCAUCUAAGAAAAGCAAAAGUAGUAAAGAACCUAUCAGUGCAAAGAAAGACAGGAAAAAGCCCAGUAAAAAAGAAGGAGUUAAAAAUCCCCGGCCUGCUGUGCCUCCUCAGCCUGGGCCGACCCCUCUCGUCCCUUCGGCCUCUCUUGAAGAUGUUGACAUUGACAUGUCUGCUGACAGGUGCAAGCCAAUGUCGUAUGAGGAGAAGCGCCAGCUGAGCCUGGAUAUCAAUAAGUUGCCCGGAGACAAGCUGGGCCGUGUCGUGCACAUAAUCCAAACCCGUGAGCCGUCGCUGAAAAACUCCAAUCCAGAUGAGAUUGAGAUUGACUUUGAGACGCUGAAGCCCUCCACGCUGAGAGAGCUAGAGAAGUAUGUCUCAAGCUGCCUCAGGAAGAAGAAAAAACCAUCAGCAGAGAAGCCUCUGGAAAUUCCAAAUGUGACAAAGAUGAAGACGGGAUCCUCAUCUUCAGGCAGCAGUGAAUCCUCAGAUAGUGAAGACUCUGACAGUGGGCUGGUUCCCAAGCAACCGAAGAAGACUUCAACUAACAAGGACACCAAGAGACCGCAGCACCAGUCCACCGGUAGUGGAGUGGGCCCAGUCACUUCUCAGCCUCAGUCACAGUUUCAGUCACAGCUUCAGUCACAGCUUCAGCCUCAGCUUCAGCUUCAGCUUCAGCUUCAGCCUCAGCUUCAACCUCAGACACAGCCUCAGGUGGUCCAGUCCAAACCACCAUAUAUCCCCCCUCCAGCUAUUUCCCUCCCUGUCCCUGUCCCCUCUCUGGAUUCCUCCCAGCUAUUGGCCUCAGGAUUUGACCCUCUGGCCCACUUCAUGAAUUCUCACCUGACGCAGUCCAACACAGAGCCUAAUGCAACCAUUACUACUGCCAGUGCUCCUGUUGCCUCUGGCCUCCUCAAUACCAACGCGCCCACCAACCAGACGCCUUCUGAGACGCACCCUUUCCUAAACCAACAUCCCAUCAUCCCUUCUCCAGCAAUCCAUAAUGCUCUUCCCCAGCAACCAUCAAGACCUAGCAACCGUGCAGCGCCACUUCCACCCAAACCUGCACAGCCUCCUCCAUCCUCCCUCCCUUCAAUGCCUCCAGCUUCCUCACCUCAGCUUCAGCCCUCGCUUCCUCUCACCCUCCCCCGCAGCCUGUCCCCCGCCCUCGCGUCCCAUCACCGCCAUCCCACGGCAUCCUGGGCACCCUCUCGGCGCAGCCUCCCCAAGCCCUGCUGGAGGACGACGAGGAGCCAACGCCCACCAGCUCUGAGACCCCACCGCUCAGCCAGGUCCACAGCCUCCUGCAGUCACUUCAGCCCAGAGCCACCACGCAAACGCUGCACACACAUUCUCCUGUGCAGCUGGGGCCGCCACUGCACGCGCAGGUCAUGACAACAGCCACCCCCGUUCUGACGCAGAGACACAGCUCAGGCCAAGUGCACAUGCAGCAGUCGUUCCCGCAUACGCACACGUCAACGCCGCAGCAGCAGCAGAAGGGCGGGGUCCUGCAGCAGAAGGUACAGCAGCUGCAA